GUUAUUAUCUGCAACAGCGUUGAAACGUGAAGUAGGGCUUUUAUUUUGACUUUAGCUUCGGCUUCAGCGGAAGUUUCUUUCUUGAUUCACACAUGGCCUUUACGUAAAAAUUUGGAUUUGUGAUUGAGCGCAGUUGUUUAGAUAUGGCAGCCACAGAUAUGGACCCCGAGGUGGCUCGGGGCUUAUUUGAAGAAGGAGCCACGCUUGUUUUACUUGGUGUUCCUCAGGGAUCAGUGUUGGGACUCGACUACAAAAGCUGGACCCUGGGCCCUCGGUUCCGUGGGGUGAAGAUGAUUCCUCCAGGGCUUCACUUCCUCCACUACUGCUCCGCCAACUCUAAUGAAGAAUGUGGUGACAUUGGCCCCAAAAUGGGCCUGUUUCUGUCCCUGAAACCCCGGGAGGUGCUUGUAGCCCACUGGAACCAGAGAGAAGAAGAUCUGGAGUUCACACAGGACCCAGAGGAGGCCGAGCGCAUACGGGCCAACCUCAGAGAGCUGGAUGGCUAUCUGGGCCCCUAUCCCUACGACACUCUCCGCAAGUGGGUUUCCCUGACAGACAGACUGAGCCAGGAGCUGGCCGCCGCUCUGCAGCCCCUCAGCGGGAGGGUGUGCGCCUUCAGCGACGUGAUCCCGGAGCUGCAGCUGACCCACACUAAAGACCGCGAGGAGCAGAACCUGCCCCGCAACGAUCAGGAGUGUCAGAGCAUGAAGGAGGGGCUGGACAGACUGCCACGGAUGAAGCAGAGGGAAGGCACGGAGCUGCGCUUUUCCUCCAUCCCCACACAGGCGUUCCCUCCUGGAGCCACACCUGCUCAGAUCACACAGUGUAACAUGGAUUGGAGUUACGCUCUCAACUCUGUGCUGGAGAGGCAUUAUAAAGAGCAGCCUCUCAGUGUACUAGGAGAGCUGCAGUUUGCCUUUGUUUGUUUCCUGAUGGGGAAUGUGUACGAGGCCUUCGAGCACUGGAAGCGCCUGCUGGCUCUGCUGUGCCGCUCUGAGGAGGCCAUGAAGGAGAGGAGGGACCUGUAUCUGGGGCUCAUCGCCGUCCUCUACCAUCAGCUGGGAGAGAUCCCUCCGGACUUCUUUGUGGAUAUCGUGUCGCAGAACAACUUCCUCACCACCACACUUCAGGACUUCUUCCAGUUUGCCAGCAGUCCCGGAGUCGACAGCACAUUACGGAAAAGAGCAGAAAAAUUUAAAGUCCACCUGACCAAAAAGUUUCGUUGGGACUUUGAUGCAGAUCUUGAUGAAUGCGCUCCGGUGGUGGUGGAGCUUCCGGAGGGAGUCGCCCUGGACUGAUGCUGCGUCACACGGCCCAUCCACUUCACUCAUAAACACCGUGCAGGCCGCAGCAGCUUUUAUAUUGUGUUCACAUGAUACUCCAGCAUCUGGAUAUCCUCCUGUCACUUCCUAAAGAAAUAUUGACCAUUCCGUUUUAUUAAAGAUAACUAUUUCACUUCA